AUGUCGAAUGUUCGGCCUGUCCCCGUCAACGCUGUGUCGCUUCUCGAGCCGUCAAAAGCACGUUUUCGCGUUUCUAUAAAAGAUUAUGGGAGGAGAAUCGAGAAGAAGGUUUUUCAGCGUAUUCUUCUUCCGUUUCAACAAGCAAAUGUGGAAACGGAGCGCUUGCCUGGGGGGCCCGGGCUUUACCUCGCAGCUUCCGCCAAGCUGGUUCAUGCUUUGGGUGGUUUUGUUUCUGUUGACAGCGUUGUCGAUGAAGGGACUGAGUUGACAGUAAAUUUUGCUUUUGUUGACAAUUUUGAACCAGGUCGAACUAUUGCAACAGCUUUGAGUGAUGCAACGAUUUUUUCGUGGGCUCCGACAUAUGGCAAGCGGACCAUGUGCAAUGCACGCUCCGACAUCAUCACAUUACUUUCGUCUGCUGCAAAGAGCUGA